GUUUGUUUUGUAAUCAAUACGAGAUGUUUUAUAUAUAACAAGAAGUGAAAGUAAUGAAUUAUUGUAUUUUAAAAGUGUAAUUAGUUGACGAAUUUAGUAUAUUCGUUUUUAAAAGGUGUGAUUUGAUUGAAUAUAAUUAUAUGCGGUUUCGAAUUUGUUAUGAACGACAAAAUGGGGUUAGAUUUCGACGUUUUGGAAUUUUGUAGAAAACUUCGUAAUUCUAAGCAGCCUCCUUACGAAUGUCCAGUUGCACAAUGUGGAAAAGUGUAUAAGAGUCUUUGCGGUUUACAGUAUCACUUGGUUAACUUUGAUCAUAAUGCUCCUACACCUGUAAACCCUGUAGCAGCACCAGGCCGGAAGAAGGGACGUGGUUCACAUCAUUCACGAACACCUACAUCAACAGCAGAUUUGCUGACGUUGCCAACACGAGAGGGCUUGACAUAUGCAGAAGCUCAGAAAAUGGUAGAAUUUGAAGUAGAUGGACGAGUGACCAGAGUCAGCAUUUUUGAUCCUUUACCACUCAUAUCUAAAGAGGAAUUUGAAGCUACAUAUGGUAGCAGUAAUGAUAGUCAUAUUGGGAACCAGUCAUCUGCAGAUCUCCAUCAGAGUAUACUUGCCAGUGAUGAGAAAGUUCGUCUUCCAGAGCCAAGCUACACUGUCCUAGAUUCUUAUAAUAUUAGUGAUGCACCACCGCGGCCCAAUGCAUAUAUUAGAUUCAUUGAGAGGUCUGCUGAGGAACUUGACGGAGAAGUGGAAUACGACAUGGAUGAGGAAGACUGUGCUUGGCUGAACAUUAUCAAUGAGCAACGUGCUGCUUCUGGUCUGUCAGAUGUUCCUGUGGAUACGUUUGAAUUACUUAUGGAUCGACUUGAGAAGGAGUCAUACUUUCAGAGUUGUGGCAAAGGAGGAGAUGGAGCAGCACCAACUGUUAUUGAUGAUGAUGCUGUUUGUUGUAUAUGUAUGGAUGGAGAAUGCCAGAACUCUAAUGUAAUUCUCUUCUGUGACAUGUGCAAUUUGGCUGUUCACCAGGAUUGUUAUGGUGUACCAUACAUUCCAGAAGGCCAGUGGCUCUGUCGUCGCUGUUUGCAGUCUCCCUCACGUGCUGUAGAUUGUGUCCUUUGCCCAAACAAUGGCGGAGCUUUCAAACAAACAGACCGUGGGCACUGGGCACAUGUUGUAUGUGCACUUUGGAUUCCUGAAGUGAGAUUUGCAAAUACGGUGUUUCUGGAACCAAUAGACAGCAUAGAAACAAUACCUCCAGCACGAUGGAAGCUGACAUGCUACAUCUGUAAGCAGAGGGGUGUAGGAGCCUGCAUUCAGUGUCAUAAAACAAACUGCUAUGCUGCAUUUCAUGUAACUUGUGCACAGCAGGCUGGUCUCUUUAUGAAGAUGGACACUGUUCGGGACUCACAUGGAGGCACUGGUCUUGAUCCAGGAUCAGUACUGGUCCAGAAAACAGCAUAUUGUGAUGCCCACACACCUGGUGGCCUUGUAGACCCUGAUUCACGACCCAGAGGAAGUGCACCUUCUGCUAGCAAGCAAGGUACAACUCCAAGUGGAACUGGAGGUGCAGGGGAAACUGCACGUGAAGAAUCCCGCCAAAAAAUGAAGAAGGCUCGAAGAUUACUUGCUAAGAAGAGAUCAUCAGUCCCUGUAAUUUCUAUACCAACCAUACCACCUGACAGAAUUCAAGAAAUAGCAUCAUUAGUGAAUGUACCGAAGAAGAGCCAGUUGAUCCAAAGACUCAUUGCCUACUGGACCCUGAAGAGGCAGUUCAGGAAUGGUGUUCCUCUUCUGAGACGACUACAGAGCUCUCAUUUAGCCCGUCGUGAUGACCCUCGCCCGUUACAGGAGGUGGUGAGUGAUACUGGUGAACUAUACAGACAGCUGAAAUACUGGCAGUGUCUGCGUCAAGACUUGGAACGAGCUCGACUGCUUUGUGAAUUGGUCCGUAAACGAGAGAAAUUGAAAAAGGAGCUAUGCAAGGUCAAAGAAUUGUGGAUGGAAGUUCACCUUCAGCCUUUUGUCUGCUUUUUGCGUCGCCUUCUUGAUCUUGUUCAGUCUCGAGACACAGGGGAUAUCUUUUCAGAACCAGUCGAUCUCUCAGAAGUACCUGACUACAGUGAUGUAGUCACACAGCCCAUGGAUAUAUCAACCAUGCGAACUAAACUUGAAAAUUUCCAAUACUCAAAUCUGGAUGCUUUUGAAAAGGAUUUUAAUUUAAUGAUCAGCAACUGCAUGGCAUAUAAUUCUCGUGACACUAUUUUCUACCGUGCUGCAAUCAAAAUGAGAGAUCAGGGAGGAGCUCUCAUUCGGCAAGCAAGGCGUGAUCUCGAAGCUAAUGGAUUUGAUUUGACAACAGGACUGUUGUUGCCAGAUGGUGUAACAUGUGCUGCUCAGAGUUGCAGUUCAUUGUCUGGAACAGAUUCUAAGUCAUCACACAUUCCAACACCUCAACUGCAACAACCAUCACCCCAGUCCUUACAGUCUGGUGUUCCACAACAACAAAAUCUGCAGGCAUCACAACAGCAGCACCGACAACAACCUGAGGAAGGUUUGGCGGGGGAAAUUGACCGUGAAUUAGCAACUAUUCUGGAUAAGAAUCGUUUAGUGGCUAGUGCUGAUCGACUUUCGAAGUUGCUCGAAUUACUAGAUCGAAGCCAAGGACUUCGGCAUGGUCUGGCACGUGCUAAGAGAGUCCGACUUAUUAAAACAGAAAUUACGAAACUUCGUCGCAGGAUGGCUCUUGGAGGAAAUGGUCCACAGUUACACCACCCACAGUCAGAAGCUGAAGAUGGCUUUGAAUCAGAUUCAGAGAGAGAAGAGUCCAGUGAGGAGGAAGAGGAUAUGGAGAAACUGCAACUGCAGCAGCGCCCAGCAAAACCAAUCUCACGACAUUCCACACGACGUUCCUCUCAACAGCAGCAAAUGAGUGAAGACACAGGUACUUCUGUAGUGACUUCUGGUACCAAGGAGCAGGAAGCAGAAGUCAAAACCACAGAUACUAAUGUGACAUCCCCAAUUAAUGCUGUACAGAGCAGUGGUAAGCAGAAAAGUGGGCGUGGACGCAAAAAAAUUGGAGGGAAACGACAAGCAGAUGAAGGAACUGACUCUGUCAUUAGUUCCAAAGUUGCAUCUAGUACUACACCUAAUACUCAAAAUUUGAACAGUGCUGCUGGUGUCAGUGGACCUCACUCAUCAUUAGACCCCAGUAUGAGAGACUCAUCUGGAGGGACUGUUCCUGCCACCACCCCAGUCAAAUUAACUGCAUCUUCUGAACAGACACAUUCAGGCACAGUGUCGCAGCUUACGUCUGUCUCUCCAUCUGGUGUAAAUCGUCGUACAGCUGUACUGUUUACUCGAAAGGCUGCUGCUGCUGCUUCAGCAAUUAAAAAGCCAGACACCCACAGUGGUGCACAUGGUGGGACCAAUAGUUCUGCAAGCAUGUCCAGUAGUUCAUCAUUAAUAUCUAGCCGACGACGAGUUGGUCGACCCCGUAAAAACUUGGAUGCUCUAAUGAAUCAGUGCUCAGUUUCUACUUCUAAUGUUGAGCCAAAUCUUCAUUUAUCAGGAACAGGAGAUGGUGAUCAUGCAAGCAUGUUGAUGCCUGCUCCACCCUUGCCAUGCUCUGAGAGCUUCACUGUGUAUAGACGGGGUGGAGGAGAUAUUCCUGCUGAGACUGAUGAAGAGACGCAGUCAGACUCAACAUGUUCAAGUUGCUCAACAUCAGAAGGUAGCACAGGUAGCAGUGAAGAUGGCAGCUCAAGCAUUGACUUGCAACAAAGGGCUGUUUCAGGAGGUGAAUCUUCAGGUGAAGAGGAAGGUGCCAGUAGUGGCUCACUGGAACCUCUGGAUCUAGUGUGGGCUAAGUGUCGGGGAUACCCCUGGUACCCAGCUCUGAUAAUCAACCCAAAAAUGCCUCGAGCAGGGUAUUUGCAUAAUGGAGUACCAAUACCAGCACCACCAGCCGAUGUGUUAGCCCUUGCAUCCAACUAUGAGGAGCCUGUUUACCUUGUACUCUUCUUUGAUACAAAGCGCACAUGGCAAUGGCUACCACGAAACAAGCUGGAGCCACUUGGGAUAGCAACUGAGGUUGAUCAGGCCAAACUGACAGAGUCUCGCAAACCAGCAGAUCGUAAGGCAGUACGGAAAGCAUAUCAGGAAGCUAUGUUACAUCGUUGUCAGGUGUCUGGAGGCCAAGGGAAGAGAAGUCGUGCUGCCAGCAUUGGAAAUGCUGAUCUUCCAGUACCUACCGAUGAGAACUAAAAGCUCUGACAUGCAACAUGGAACAUGAUGUGUAACUUAAGUGUUGUUCUUCUAAACUCUGAUGAGAAGUGGCUGGAAAGUUUGGUAGCAGUGACAGAAAAACAGUGACUUAGUGUACAUAAGCUAACCCACAAGAACUGAAGUCUGGUAGCACUUUGUAAACUUAUCAGACACAAUUCAUACAGAAACAACUAGGGACCUAGUAUUUAUACAAAGCUGUAACAUAAAUAUUGAACAACGUUCGUGUGUAUCACAAUCAUCAAACUUUUUUUUAGCCGUAGCUACCAUACAGUACGAUACAAAAUCAUACAGAUAACACAGUACUUUGUAUGUCACACAGAUUUUUUAAGUGUUCAGUGACUCAGCAUUAUCACCAACAUUUUUUAUGACAUUACCAUGCUGAAAAUGUGUGCAUUGUAAUAAAUGGCCUGUUAAUUAAAAUAAUCUUCAUAAAUUACAACUGCCAUCUUUAAACAAGGAAUUAUUAAUGUAAUAGACAAGAGCUGUAACCAGUACACAGAGGUUGUGAUCAUAUGAUCAAUACUGAUCAGGCAUGUGCAAGAGUGAUGUUUCAGGUCAAAACAAGAAUGUGGAAGAAUUUGUAGAAUCAAGACAGUAAAAUUUUUCUGUAGUA